ACAACGAUUAAUGUGAGGCUUGUGAACGGAUCAAAUCCAAGAGAAGGAAGAGUUGAAGUUUUUUAUGGUGAAUGGGGAACUGUAUGUGAUGAUAAUUGGGAUGAAAAUGAUGCCUCAGUUGUAUGUCAACAAUUAGGUUACAAUAUGUCACAAACAAAUGCCAUACCGAAAACAAGAGCCAUAUUUGGUAAAGGAUCAGGGAAAAUAUGGUUAGAUGACGUGGAUUGUAAUGGAACAGAAUCAGAUCUAGGUAGAUGUAAACAUCCUGGUCUUGGUAAUGAAAACUGUGGUCAUAAUGAAGAUGCUGGAGUUAUAUGUGCGACAAAAACUAACAACGAAUGGCUCGUUAAUGUUAGACUUGUUAAUGGAUCAAAUUCAAGAGAAGGAAGAGUUGAAGUUUAUUAUAAUGGUGAAUGGGGAACUGUAUGUGAUGAUAGAUGGGAUGAAAAUGAUGCCUCAGUUGUAUGUCAACAAUUAGGUUACAAUAUGUCACAGACAAACGCCAUACCGAAAACAAGAGCUACAUUUGGUAAAGGAACCGGGAAAAUAUGGUUAGAUGACGUGGGUUGUAAUGGAACAGAAUUACAUCUAGGUAGAUGUCAACAUCCUGGUAUUGGCAUUGAAAAUUGUCGUCAUGCUGAUGAUGCUGGAGUGAUAUGUGCCACAAAAACUAUUUCCGAAUGGCUCUUUAAUGUUAGACUUGUGAACGGAUCAAAUUCAAGAGAAGGAAGAGUUGAAGUUUAUUAUAAUGGUGAAUGGGGAACUGUAUGUGAUGAUAGAUGGGAUGAAAAUGAUGCCUCAGUUGUAUGUCAACACUUGGGUUACAAUAUGUCACAGACGAACGCUAUGCCCAGAGCGGAAGCCUUCUUUGGUCAAGGAACGGGAAAAAUUUGGUUAGAUGACGUGGAUUGUAAUGGAACAGAAUCAACUCUAGGUAGAUGUAAACAUUCUGGUUUUGGCAUUGAAAAUUGUCGCCAUCGUGACGAUGCUGGAGUGAUUUGUUUGGCAACAACUAACACCGAAUUACAUGCAACCGUGAGACUUGUGAACGGAUCAAAUUCAAGAGAAGGAAGAGUUGAAGUUUUUUAUGGUGAAUGGGGAACUGUAUGUGAUGAUGAUUGGGAUGAAAAUGAUGCCUCAGUUGUAUGUCAACAAUUAGGUUAUAAUAUGUCAGAGACAAACGCUAUACCUAAAACAAAAGCCUUCUUUGGUCAAGGAACAGGGAAAAUAUGGUUAGAUAACGUGGGUUGUAAAGGAACCGAAUCAACUCUAGGUAGAUGUAAACAUCCUGGUCUUGGUAAUGAAAACUGUGGUCAUAAUGAAGAUGCUGGAGUGAUAUGUGAAGCAACAACUUUUAAUGUGAGACUUGUGAACGGAUCAAAUUCAAGAGAAGGAAGAGUUGAAGUUUAUUAUAAUGGUGAAUGGGGAACUGUAUGUGAUGAUGGUUGGGAUGAAAAUGAUGCCACAGUUGUAUGUCGACAAUUAGGUAACAAUAUAGCUAUACCAAAGUCUGUUGCCUACUUUGGUCAAGGUUCCGGAAAGAUAUGGUUAAAUGGAUUACGGUGUUAUGGAACAGAAUCUGACUUAUAUAAAUGUCGGCACUCUGGUUUUGGAAAUCAUAUUUGUAGUCAUAAUGAAGAUGCUGGGGUAAUAUGUGGAAGUAAGUUGAUAUUUCAAAUUUUAUCUGGAGUAUUUCUUCUACAUUUUCCACCUUUCCAUGUAUAUACUUAUAUGUUUAAAUUUACAAGCAGAUAG